AUGAGUCAGUGGAGCGAUGCGGAGCUGAUGGAGCUCGCAGCGGCUGUCGUUUUCUGCCGGCACAGCGGGGAAAUCACGAUACGGAGCGGCGGCAGGGGGGACGUCUACUGGCGGCAGGUGUGGCGCGCGAUCCGGCGCGCGAACCCCGAGUGGCGGCGCAUUCCGACAGCGAUGGCGAAGCAGUGGACGCGCAUGAGAGCGCGAUACGACGUGGACACCCACGACCCGCGGCGGAAGCGGCGGCGGAAGCGGGGGGGGACGGGGCGGUGCUCCGCGGAGGGGAGGCCUCCGGGGGGCGCCAAGCAGCAGGCGGGGGGGGGUUCAGUUGAGAAGCGGCAGGGAGGAUCUACUAACGCGGAUGAGCAACCCAAUUAUGAGUCAGGGGGGAACACAGGGGCGAAGGCAAAGGCAGCAGCAGGAGCAGCCACAGCAGCAGCAGCAGGGGCAGCUGCAGGGGCCGCAACAGCAGCAGCAGCAACAGCAGCAGCAGCCGCAGCAGCAGCAGCAGGGGCAGCAGGGGCAGCAGGGGCAGCAGCAGCAGGGGCAGCAGCAGCAGCAACAGCAGCAACAACAGCAGCAGCAGCAGCAGCAGCAACAUCAGCAACAACAGCAGCAACAGCCACAACAACAGCCGCAACGGCAGCAGCAGCAACAGCAGCAGCAACAACAGCAGCAGCAGCAACAACAGCAGCAGCAGCAACAGCAGCAGCAGCAACAGCAGCAGCAGCAACAACAGCAGCAGCAACAACAGCAGCAGCAACAGCAGCAGCAACAACAACAGCAGCAGCAACAACAGCAGCAGCAGCAACAGCCGCAACAUCAGCAGCAACAGCAGCAACAACAGCAGGAGAAACAGAAGCAGCAGCCGCAACAACGGCAGCAACAGCAACAGCAGCAGCAACAGCAGCAGCAACAACAGCAGCAGCAACAACAGCAGCAGCAGCAACAGCAGCAGGGAUACAAUGGGCCAUUACCAUCACCAUCACCAGCCUGCGUAACAAAGUCGCUCCUAUUCCUGCUCCCACCGCUACAGAUCCGAUUCUUGACAUCAAGCGGAAAUAUACCGACUCGACGCAAGGACAUGGUGGAUCAGGCGUCACCAUGUUGCACCUGCCUGGUAACAGGGUUACGUUCGCUGCCAGCGCUACAUCCCCCCUGCCAGCUACACUCCCCCUGCCCGCUACAGCCUCCCUGCCUGCCACAGCCUCCCUUCCUGCUACAAAUUUUCACCCGGCGAGUUAUGAACCGGCAUCAGCCCACAGACAAGGCACAGUAGCACCGGCGGAUGAUUUUACUUCUGGGGGUGUCUCACUGCGUGAAAGGGAUGGUAGAAGCGAGCAGCGAGAGCUGCGUGAGAGAAGAUCUGCGAGGAGGGGAACAGAGGGAUUCACAGGAGGUGGAAAGGAUUCGAGCGCAGGGGUUUCGGGCGUAAGGCGGGGAGAGAGGCGGUGCGAGAGGUUGGGCGAGAUGUUGACUGCAGCGAUGGGUGCUGCUGUGAGAAACGCGUGCAUUCAGUUUGAUGAGCUCUCUCGGGAGUUGCUGCAUGAUGCGUACUCACGGUUUGAGGAGCUUUCUCAGAAACUGGCAGAGGAUGCUUCUGCUCAGUUUGAGGAGAUUGCGAGAGAGUUGAUGGAAGAGUGUGCGACAGCUUGCUGCUGCGAUCACAAGAAGCGGAAGAGGAGGUAA